AUGCAGAACCGCCCACAGCAGCGAGAGACGCGCAACGCAGCUGCCCCAUGGAUGCAUGCUUCUUCGCCUUGUGGAUUUUGUGGCCGGUCCUUACAUUUGCACUCAGAAUGUCCCGCACGCCGAGCAACCUGCAACAAAUGUGGAAAAAAGGGCCAUUUCGCAGUGGUUUGCCGGGCUAGCAAGCAACUUUCCGUUGUGGAAUUGGGUGCUGUCUGUUCGAACAGCGAAGAGCGGGCCAAGUUCGUGGAUAUAAAAGUGGACGGAACGCCUCUACGCUUCAAAGUUGACAGCGGCGCCGAGGUCACAGUCGUCCCCAGUACAUUUUCUGGAAUUCCGCCAUAUCUUGAGCCGCCGGAAGGCGAACUUUCAGGACCGGCGGGACAACCGCUGGACGUGCUGGGAACGUUUACCGCCACUCUGCAAUGGAAGAACAAGUCGGCAACGCAACGACUUUACGUGCUUCGGUCACAGGUCAUGCCACUUCUGGGAUUUCCUGCUAUCCAAGAGCUGGGUGUGGUCAAGUUCGUGGAUCCGGUGGUCGAGACGCAAGGCAACCAGACGGCAUCAGACAAGCUGUUCUGUGGUUUGGGCGAGCUGCAAGAAGCGUACACUAUACGCCUAAAACCAGAUGCUGUCCCCUAUUCGCUGCUGGUCCCAAGACGUGUGCCCAUCCCUCUACACGGUGUCGUGAAGGCGGAGCUUGACAGGCUUGAAGCGGAGGGCGUGAUCAGACGCGUUACAAAGCCUACUCCGUGGUGCGCCGGUAUGGUCGUCGUACCGAAGGCAUCCGGUUCAUAUCGCAUCUGCGUCGACCUCACCAAGUUGAACCAGGUAGUGUUGCGUGAGCGCCAUAUCUUGCCCACCGUAGACCAAGUUUUGGGACUACUGGGUAAUGCUCAGGUGUUCUCGAAGCUUGACGCUAUCAAGUUUUCAUCAAGUAAAACUGGCAGAAGAGUCUGA